CAUUCUAACGGGAGAAUGUCAAGACGCAGUUGCCGCCUGCAAGCCAAGCAGCAGCCCCAGCCCAGCCAGGGGGAAUCCCUCCAACAACUUCAGCCCCUCCAAACGAGGAAGAGAAAACCCAUCCAGGAUGCCAAGAAGAGGAAAGACGACCAAGUCAGCAAGAGGCACCAGUAUGAAAUACGGAGUUGUUGGCCAUCUAUGUUGACUGGAGGUAUCAGUCCUUGCAUCAUAAUUGAAACACCACAUAAAGAAACAGUCACCAGUGACUUCUCUAGAUUCACCAAUUAUAGAUUUAAAAAUCUCUUCAUAAAUCCUUCUCCUUUACCUGACUUAAGCUGGGGAUGUUCUAAUGAUGUCUGGCUAAACCUGUUAAAUAAAGAGACCAAAUAUGUUCAUGACAAGCGUUUUGAAGACCGACAUUCUGAUUUAGAACCACAAAUGAGGUCGAUACUACUGGACUGGCUUUUAGAGGUAUGUGAAGUAUACACACUUCACAGAGAAACAUUUUACCUUGCUCAGGAUUUCUUUGAUAGAUUCAUGUCUACACAAAAGGACAUAAACAAAAAUAUGCUUCAACUCAUAGGAAUUACCUCACUAUUUAUUGCUUCCAAAUUAGAGGAAAUCUAUGCUCCUAAACUUCAAGAGUUUGCUUAUGUGACUGAUGGUGCUUGCAGUGAAGAGGAUAUCCUAAGGAUGGAACUCAUUAUAUUAAAGGCUUUAAAAUGGGAGCUCUGUCCAGUAACCAUCAUCUCCUGGCUGAAUCUCUUCCUCCAAGUGGAUGCUCUGAAAGAUGUUCCUAAGGUCCUUUUACCUCAGUAUUCUCAGGAAAAGUUCAUUCAAAUAGCACAGCUUUUAGACCUGUGUAUCCUAGUUCUAGAUUCACUUGAGUUCCAGUAUAGGAUAUUGGCUGCUGCUGCCCUGUGCCAUUUUACCUCAAUUGAAGUAGUUAAGAAAGCUUCAGGUCUGGACUGGGAAAACAUAUCUGAAUGCGUCGACUGGAUGGUACCUUUUGUCAAAGUAGUAAGAGAGGCUGCUCCUGUGAAGCUAAAGUCUUUUAAGAAGGUUCCUGUAGAAGAUAGGCAUAAUAUCCAGACCCACACAAAUUACUUGGCUAUGCUGGAUGAAGUUAACUACGUAGCAGCGCUCACCGAAGUGGGACAGUUAUCCCCAGUGUGCAACGGUGGGAUCAUGACCCCGCCGACCAGCACGGAAAAAUCACCAGCAAAACACUAGAGAAUACCCGCAGCGGCUGUUGACCGAAACAAGGGAUUUUUUUUUUUUUUUACAUCACGGUAGAAUGACUCCGAUCCGGUUGGAUUGCUAAAGCUUUACAGAAACUUAAAUUUUCCGACGGUCCUUUCCGGUUUAGACCCCGCACUGCAAUGCUGGCUGAAGGACCGACCUGCGAUUAGGUCCUCAGGAAAGUGGAAAGUGGCGGUCGGGAGUCGUUUCUUACCACACUGCGCGUUUUUUAUAUCUCGUUAGGCUAAGUUUACCGCGAUCAACUAGGAAUUUUAAACUCUCACGGACGUCUGGGCUGGUCAACGGUCAAAUCAGAAAAGCUGAGCCUGACUUUUAGACCAUCAAGUUCAUAGUUGGUGCUAGUUAUUUAUUGAGCAAAUAUUGCAUCUGUUUACAUUGUUCUCGAAGGUGAUGUGCAGCUGGGACAGGAUGCUGUUACAAUCUAACUUUUUUUUACUAUGAGAAACGCGAGGUUUAGCAACUAACAUGAAUUUUUCCAUUAGGUAUUAUAUUGUUUUCCUCCUCCCUUCUCUGGACUUUGAGGCCUUAAAAGCUUAAAGGCUAUCAGUCAACCCUACUAAUCCAUUCUGUAAAAAGGGCUUCUUUUUUGGGGCCAGCGCCCGAGAGGUUCAACUCCAAACCAAAUGGGAGCCUUCCUCCUAAUCCUUGGUGCUAGGAAGUGAAAGUUUCCUAUUCUGAUUCCAAGGAAACCUUUUUUUAGGGUGAGUUGGACAAUGUCACAAGCAAGUUUCUACAAAUGGAAAGGAAACAAGGAUGUCGUCCCGCCUUAAAACUUCCUAAAGUAAACGUCAGUACUUUGUAGUGAAGUGGUAGCGCUUGAAAGGCCAAUUUUGGUGUGGACAGAGGGGGAAUGAAUAUAUGCUAACUUUUAGAAAAUGCAAAUCUGAAAACAAUCGUAUGUGUGAAGCAGGAUGCGGGCGAAGAACUUGGGGGAGGCAGCCGGGCACUUAAUCACGGGAAGAACUGAUGGGCAUAAAAUAAUUGCAUCUCGAUAUGAGCCGCGACGCAGGAUUUAAUCAGAAAAUUAACUGAAUCGCUACUUUACAUGUAAAUAUUUUCUUCCUUUGAAGAAAUGGUAACAGAUUUAAGCCAUUCGCGAUACGGUGUGAGGCCUUCUGUAUAGUUUUUAUAAGAUUUUUUUUUCUCCAAGAUUGUUGCAGUAUUCGAAGAAGAAAACACCACCACUUAAAUAUGUACAUAUGUAUAAAUUUAAUCUUAAUACUGUUUUAACAUUGUUUAAAAAUAAAAAGUUAAAAUAUU